ACAUGUUCCUGCUUCAAUUCUGUGGUUCAAAGCUUGAAAAAAAAUUGUCACAGACUAUCAGAGACCACAGAGCAAAUCACUAUCUCCAACUCUCCGCUUCCCUUUGCCUCAUCUUGCCGACUUCAAAUGGCGGCCGCCAGAGUGAUGGCAGUGACUGCUGCGACCAACGUCGCCACAUCUUGCCUUCUUCUCAAAAGAACAUUCUCUUUGAACCAAAGGCUUCACUUCACCGGAUUCUGCUUUAAUGGGGAAAGGCAACUGGCUUUCUCCUCUUCCAAGAGAUCGCUUUUCACUUGUACCGCUUUACAUAAGCCUGACGUUCAGAUCAAGGAGGCAGGUCAGCCUGAGACGCUCGAUUACCGUGUCUUCUUCCUUGAUAACUCUGGGAAAAAGGUUUCUCCUUGGCAUGACAUACCAUUGCACUUGGGUGACGGUGUUUUCAAUUUUGUUGUUGAAAUCCCCAAAGAUACAAGUGCGAAGAUGGAGGUUGCCACUGAUGAGCAAUUCACUCCCAUCAAGCAGGACACAAAAAAGGGAAAACUUAGAUACUACCCCUAUAACAUAAACUGGAACUAUGGAUUGCUUCCACAAACAUGGGAAGACCCAUCUUUUGCAAACCAUGAAGUAGAAGGGGCAUUCGGUGAUAAUGAUCCAGUUGAUGUUGUUGAGAUUGGUGAAAGACGGGGAAAGAUUGGUGAAAUUCUGAAGGUCAAGCCCUUGGCAGCUCUAGCCAUGAUUGAUGAGGGUGAACUUGACUGGAAAAUUGUUGCCAUCUCAUUGGAUGAUCCACGAGCUUCUCUUGUAAAUGAUGCGGAUGAUGUAGAGAAACAUUUCCCAGGCACCCUCACUGCAAUCAGGGACUGGUUCAGGGACUACAAGAUCCCUGAUGGUAAGCCUGCCAACAAGUUUGGUCUUGGCAACAAGGCAGCAAACAAGGACUAUGCUUUGAAGGUUAUCACUGAAACAAACGAAUCUUGGGCAAAGCUAGUGAAGAGAUCAAUUCCUGCUGGAGAGCUCUCACUUCUAUAAAUUGCUUAAACCUUAAAGUAGAGUUGGAGCUGGAAGCAGUAGUUUCUACUUACCAGAGUUUUGCCUUCUGGAAAGCCAGUCUCUCUGUAGUCUUCAAUGUUGAUAUCCAAACAUUUUUUUUUAUUUAAAUUAUCAUGAAUAAUCCAUUGAUGCUGUGAAGUUUGCUUGUACUCCACAUGUCAAACCACUGUUUACAUUUUGAGGUUAAUUCUAUUGCGUUUCUUCUUCC